GCAAAGACAAAAAUAAUUAUGGAAAACAAAGGUUGUGGGGAUCCAUUGGUUGGAGUUUGUUUGCCAUUAUUUCCGGUGCAUGUGUAGACUGGUACAGCGCAGGGCUAGAGUACAAAAACUAUGCUCCAGGUUACGCCAUUGCAUUGCUAUGUUUCCUUUUAGAUAUAUAUGUGGUGUUUAAACUCAAGGUUGUACAAGAAAAUGAUACCAAAAUUGUAGCUUCUGACGUGAAAAAAGUAUUCACUGAAGGUAAAGUACUCGCGUUUCUUCUUUGGGUUGUUUUAAUUGGAUUUUUUAUGUCUUUCAUAUGGAACUUCAUAUUUUGGUACCUGGAAGACUUGUCCAACGAGUUCCACCCCGAGACGAAAUCGUGGAUGAAGACUCUCCAAGGAAUAGCCCUACUAAUCCAAUGUUUCGGCGGCGAAGUGCCGUCGUUCCUUUUUUCAAGCUACAUACUGAAACGUGUGGAUCACAUGACCAUAUUCUCCAUGGUGUUUUUCACGUUCACGUUUAUAUUCUCUAUUUACACGGUCAUCGAGAACCCUCUUUGGGCACUACCAGUGGAGUUACUCAACGGCAUAACGUUCGCGUUGUCUUAUUCGGCAGCCAUUUCGUACGCGUCACUUAUAACUCCUGCCGGCGCCGAAGGAACCCUCCAAGGAGUCGUUGGGACGGCUUACACGGGAAUAGGUGCGCCUGUUGGAAGCUUCGUUGGCGGUUAUAUGUUUAAACAUAUUGGAAGUAUUGCUUCGUUUAAGGUGUUGAGCGUGGUUGCAUUUUUCACUUGUGCCGUACAAAUUAUUGUCAAUUAUAUAUUAAAGCGUUUGUCUAAAAAUGAAGAUGCAAAGGACAUAUAUAGUAAAGUUCAAACUAAAGAUGACAAUAUCGAAGAAGAAGUAAAUUUAACAUCAUAGUAUUAUUUUGGCAGAAAAUUAUUUUGUUAUUAUUUAUAAAAGAAAUAACUGCAUUUUGUGUUAUUUGUUUUUUGUUCAUUAUUUUAUAUAUUUUAGAUUUUAUAAACUUAAAUAUCCACCGAAAAAUCUCAGACACGAACUGUUAUUAGCGUAAACAUAUGGCAUCAAAAUAUAAUUUCUAUCAAUAAUUUAUUAACGAAUACAUGUUACACUUGCAUAGAUUUUUUAAAUCUAAAUUUAUUUUUCAGAAACUUUUCUUUUAAUGAAAAAAAAUUAGUGUUUAUCGUAUUUAUUUUUUUUAUCGGAUGACCAGAAAAAAUAUUUCAAAAUAAGUCAAAAAAACAUUUUU